CUGUUUCCGGGUCAGUCCUGAGGACAGCGGCUCUCUUCAGAAAAACUCUAUGGCCGAUCAGAAGUCAUCCAGCCUUCAGCUUUGACCCGGCGCUCGCCCUUGAGAGACGCGAUGGCCUCUGUCGUUGCUCGGGGCCGUCUCUGCGCCCUCCUCCGCCCGUUCGCCUGGCCGGGAGAUGGCAGCCGCCGCCUCGCUUCAGAGCUGCCCAAACAUCUGCUUCCAGGGUCAUACCCCAAGACUCCACAAGAGCAGGCAGCUGCUGCAAAGAAAUACAACCUGACACUGGAGGACUAUCAGACAUAUGCAGAUGAUGGUGUAGGUUAUGGUGAUUAUCCCAAACUCCCAGAUCAAUCCGCACAAGCAAAAGAUCCUUGGUAUGAGUGGGAUUACCGUGAACUGAGGCGCAAUUUUGGAGAACCAUUGCACCGGAACUUCGAUUUAUUUGUACGGUCACGGGUUGAUACGUCCCCGACUCCCGUUCCCUGGCAUGUCAUGAAGAUGUAUUUUUGGGGGUUUAUUGGAAUCACGUUAGUCAUGGCUUUUGUUGGUGAAAUGUUUCCAGCAUACCGACCUGUGGGACCAAAGCAGUUUCCUUAUAAUAAUCUAGAUUUGGAGAACAGAGCAGAACCCAAUACUGAACCAACGCCAGUGAAGCACUAUGAGAUUUAAAAGUAUCUGGACUUGCAGGACUUUUUUGUUUUGUUUUGACUUUGGUAGACCUAUAUUUUACCUAAUUCUUGUUUAAAGAUUGUCAUGAAAAAGCAAUGAUGCUUCUUUCUAUGUGUAACCUGUAUCCUAUCAUUUUUUUCAUAAAGAGAGAAGAAGAAUUACAGAAUGUUGGGUCAUUAUGUAUUGGACAUGAGAAGUCUGAAUGGCUUAAGAAAAGAAAAAUAAAUGUAAUUAUAUACAAAUGUAUGAGUUAAUUGAGUUUUGCACUUGUUAAUUCUUCCUAGCAGUGGGAAUAUAUCCUUGGGCUUCACUUAAUAAAUCAGAGGUAC